CCCUCGCGGCGCCCCGUAGCCGCGCGCCUCGUCGAGCCAGCGCCAAGAUGGCGGUUCUGACAGGCGGAGGGUGGCCGCGCCGGGGGUCGCUGGGGCCGGAGCGGAACCGCCGCGGCUGAGCCCCUGAGCCGCCCUCGAGGCAGGCGCCCGGCCGCCGGGACCCAGGACAUGGUGCGAUCCGCGCCAGGCCGCCGCCGCCGCCGCCGCCGCUGAGCUCGCGGGCCGCGCCGGGCUCGAACGGGGGAGCGGGAAGAUGUUUUCGGCGCUCAAGAAGCUGGUGGGGUCGGAGCAGGCUCCGGGCCGCGACAAGAAUAUCCCCGCCGGGCUGCAGUCCAUGAACCAGGCGCUGCAGAGGCGCUUCGCCAAAGGCGUGCAGUACAACAUGAAGAUCGUGAUCCGCGGGGACAGGAACACGGGCAAGACCGCGCUGUGGCACCGGCUUCAGGGCAAGAACUUUGUGGAGGAGUACAUCCCCACGCAGGAGAUACAGGUCACCAGCAUCCACUGGAGCUACAAAACCACUGACGAUAUCGUGAAGGUUGAAGUCUGGGACGUAGUUGACAAAGGGAAGUCCAGGAGGCGAGGGGACGGCUUGAAGGUGGAGAACGAUCCCCAGGAGGCAGAGUCUGAGAUGGCCCUGGACGCCGAGUUCCUGGAUGUGUACAAGAACUGUCACGGCGUGGUCAUGAUGUUCGACAUCACCAAGCAGUGGACCUUCAACUACAUCCUGCGGGAGCUUCCCAAGGUGCCGACCCACGUGCCAGUGUGUGUACUGGGGAACUAUCGUGACAUGGGCGAGCACCGAGUCAUCCUGCCUGAUGACGUGCGGGACUUUAUCGACAACCUGGACAGGCCUCCAGGCUCCUCGUACUUCCGCUACGCCGAGUCCUCCAUGAAGAACAGCUUCGGCCUAAAGUAUCUGCACAAAUUCUUUAAUAUCCCGUUUCUGCAGCUGCAGCGAGAGACGCUGCUCCGGCAGCUGGAGACGAACCAGCUGGACGUGGACGCCACGCUGGAGGAGCUGUCGGUGCAGCAGGAGACGGAGGAUCAGAACUACGACAUCUUCCUCGAGAUGAUGGAGGCGCGCAGCCGUGGCCACGCAUCCCCGUUGGCAGCCAAUGGACAGAGCCCAUCCUCAGGCUCCCAGUCUCCAGUGGUGCCUCCCAGCGCCGUGUCCACAGGGAGCUCCAGCCCCAGCACGCCCCAGCCAGCCCCACAGCUGCCCCUCCACACCCCCUCAGCCUGCCCCUGCCCCCCACCUCCCACAGAGGCCCCCCUGCCCCCCGCAGCCCCUGCCCCGCGGCGCAGCAUCAUCUCCAGGCUGUUUGGGACCUCACCAGCGGCUGAAGCAGCCCCUUCGCCCCCAGAGCCAGCCCCUGCUGCAGAGGCCCCGGCCAAAGUCCAGAACGUGGAGGAUUUCAUUCCUGAAGAAAGCCUUGACCGAAGCUUCCUGGAUGACACAGCCCCCCAGGGGGACGAGAAGAAAGUGGGAGCCAAGGUCCUGCAAGACAGUGACAGCGAUGGGGAGGCCUCAGGCGGGAACCCGCUGGUGGCAGGUUUCCAGGACGAUGUGGAUGUUGAAGAUAAGCCACCCAGCAGGCCGCUGCUGCCCACAGGCCCCGUCCCCAAGGACAAUGUCGCUUCUUCCAGUGAGGAGGAAGCACAGGAGGUGGCAGGGCCCCCCAAGGCCGCUGCCCCAGCCCCCCAGAAGCACCCUGAGCCAGAGACCAGACGGUCCUCCACAAAGGCCGCGAGGCUACACAGGGGUGCGGCUCGACCGGGUGUUCACAAGUCCCCUGCCGAGGGUCCCGCUGGAGGGCGUGAGCAGGGGAAGGAUGAGCAGGCGGCUUCUUCAGAGAGUGACCCUGAGGGGCCCAUCGCCGCCCAGAUGCUGUCCUUCGUCAUGGACGACCCUGACUUCGAGAGCGACUCGGACCCUCAGCGGAGAGCGGACGAGUUCCCAGUGCGAGAGGACCUCUCUGACGGGUCGGACGAGGAUGCCGGUCCCGCCCUGCCGCCCCAGCCGCCCCAGCCGCCCGUGUCUUCCUUCAGACUGAAGAAUGACUCAGACCUCUUUGGGUUGGGACCGGUGGAAGCAGGCCGCAAGGAGCUCAGCGAUGAAGAUAAGGAGGGCAGGCCUCCCACAAAAGAAAAGAAAAAGAAAAAGAAGAAAAGCAAAGAGGAGGAAGAGAAGGCGGCGAGGAAGAGGAGCAAGCGUAAGAGCAGGGACAGGGAGGAGGGCCGGCAGGAGCGGCGGCGGCGGCCCCGGGCCCCGGAGAGGACGGCGGUGGACGAGCUGGAGGCCUUCCUGGGGGGCGCAGCCUCAGGCGGCCACCUCCGCGGAGGCGGGGACUACGAGGAGCUGUAGGCCUAGCACCGCCGACCGACUGCUGGGGUGCCCCGGAGGGCGACAGGCCCACUCCGCGCUGGCGGGGGGUGCUGUGGGGUUGGGGCCCACCGUGCAGGGAGGGGGCCUGUGGGCGGGGCUCUGCGGGCAGCUGGCCCCCAGCGCUUCUCAGGGAUGGGACUGAGGCCCAGGAGGCCGCACGGCUGUUUACAGGGCGGGGUGCGUCCUCGUCACUGGCCUGGCUCCUGCUUGCCCCCAGCCCGCGCACUCGCUCUCCCAGCAACCCCCCCACGGGUGGGCUCCGCUUCCUGCCCCUUCUGGCAUGGGGGGCAGACGCCAGGCAGCACUGGCACCUUCCCCGCGGUUGGCUCUCCCCCGGGGGCCCAGGGGCCAGCUCUGCACCUGCGCUGGGCUUGCUGCCGACCAGGCCGGGGGGUCCUCACAGUUUCUCUCGUUCUCCAACGCUCCACUCCGACCAUAAAGCUCUCCUGUUUUACUGUG